UCUGGAGAGCUUCUGUCUGUGUAUCUUUUUCUGGAGAAUCUGUUUGACAUCCACAACACACACUCCUCAUUUAUUGCCAGAAACGAUGAUGCUUUAUGAUUUACAUUAUGUGUGUAAUACACACGCACACACGCGCGCGUCUUCCUUUCUGGCCCUCGUUUACCGUAAGAGGAAGCAAUUGCUUUUAGCAUCAAUAAAGGAUUGCAGGAUAAAUAUUUGUUCUUCGUAAUGGGCGACAUGCACCAGCCCAUAAGACAUCCAGAGGUUCAGGUUAUCAAUGAAAGUGCACACGCCUCCCACGCCCCGUUUCCGUGCAGUUCCAAAUCUCAGGUGUUUCCAGCUGCAGCUUCCGUUGCCUUUAACUACAUCCUACCUUUUCCUUCAGACCUUCCCCCUCAACCCUUUCGAGACCGACAGGCACGGCCCAGGGGCGGGUGGCAUGACCUUGGUUCAUCCUCGGCCGCGGAGACACGGCAUGACCUUGGCCAAGUCCCCGCUUCCCCAUCCGCUGACUGGCGAAGCUGGACCGCUGGGUCUCCGCUCCGGCCGCUAGGCGUCCUGCGCGGGUACCCUAUCUCCCCCGGCUUCUUCCGCGCGGCCUCCCCCGAGUUCUACGCCUACGCUGCCGGCGUAGCGGCCGCCUGGAGUCGCGCGGCCGGCUCCUUUCAGACGCUGGUUUCCGCCGCGCGGAUUGGGAGGGCGCGAUUCCCGAACGCGGCCUGCGCUGCGAGCGCGCGGUCGUCCCGCAGGCCGGUGCGGCCUUACGCCGCUGACGCAUCGCGCCCAAGAUGGCGGCGCGGUCGUCGUCGGGGGUGGCGGUGGCAGAGGGGGCGGCGGCCCUGGCGGCAGUGGAGACGGCAGCCGUGACGGUGGCAGCGGCGGCGCGGGACCUGGGCCGGGGGGAAUGAGGCGGCCGUGGCAGGCCAGCGGCGGAGCAGUGUAGCGGAGAAGCUCCCCCUCCCUGCUUCCCUUGGCCGAGCCGGGGGCGCGCGCGCACGCGGCCGUCCAGAGCGGGCUCCCCACCCCUCGACUCCCGCGACCCGCACCGCACCCCCACCCGGGCCCGGAGGAUGAUGAAGCUCAAGUCGAACCAGACCCGCACGUACGACGGCGAUGGCUACAAGAAGCGGGCCGCAUGCCUGUGUUUCCGCAGCGAGAGCGAGGAGGAGGUGCUACUUGUGAGCAGUAGUCGCCAUCCAGACAGAUGGAUUGUCCCUGGAGGAGGCAUGGAGCCUGAGGAGGAGCCAAGUGUGGCAGCAGUUCGUGAAGUCUGUGAGGAGGCUGGAGUAAAAGGGACAUUGGGAAGAUUAGUUGGAAUUUUUGAGAACCAGGAGAGGAAGCACAGGACGUAUGUCUAUGUGCUUAUUGUCACUGAAGUGCUGGAAGACUGGGAAGAUUCAGUUAACAUUGGAAGGAAGAGGGAAUGGUUUAAAAUAGAAGAUGCCAUAAAAGUGCUGCAGUAUCACAAACCCGUGCAGGCAUCAUAUUUUGAAACAUUGAGGCAAGGCUACUCAGCCAACAAUGGCACCCCAGUCGUGGCCACCACAUACUCGGUUUCUGCUCAGAGCUCGAUGUCAGGCAUCAGAUGACUGAAGACUUCCUGUAAGAGAAAUGGAAAUUGGAAACUAGACUGAAACGCAAAUCUUCCCUCUCACCCUGGCUCUUUCCACUUCUCCUCACAGGCCUCUUCUUUCAAAUAAGGCAUGGUGGGCAGCAAAGAAAGGGUGUAUUGAUAAUGUUGCUGUUUGGUGUUAAGUGAUGGGGCUUUUUCUUCUCUUUUUAUUGUGGGGUGGGGGUUGGGUGUGUAAUUUGUAAGUACUUUUGUGCAUGAUCUGUCCCUCCCUCUCCCCCACCCUGCAGUCCUCUGAAGAGAGGCCAACAGCCUUCCCCUGCCUUGGAUUCUGAAGUGUUCCUGUUUGUCUUAUCCUAGCCCUGGCCAGACGUUUUCUUUGAUUUUUAAUUUUUUUUUAUUAAAAGAUACCAAUAUAAGAUGAAAUCGUUCAAGAAUUUGUCCUAUAAUGUGCGGUACAGUUCCGUAGAGUGGUCACUUCCACUGCAGGAUACAUUUAUCUACACAUUAUAUAUCGGACAUAUAAUAUGUAAAUAAAUGACUUGUAGAAAGAGAAAUUUGUUUAAUUUUUCAAGAUUUUUUUCUCUCUUAAUUUGGGCAUUUCUGGAGUUGAGAGCCUCACAAUUAAUAUACCUUUUCGUUUUUGAUGCUAGUGGCUGGGCAGGUUGCCCUGUCCUCUCUCUAUUUCCCAGUUGUUGACUGUAGGUAUGGGAAGUGUUUAGCUACCUUGAUAGUGCUCCCAGGACUCAUGGCCUUUCCUUCUUUAAGCUGUAUUUCCAUACCAAGAAAGAAACAGGAAGAAACCUUUAUUUUAUUUUAUUUUUUUUAACCAAGCUAGGAGCAAAUGUCUCAGCCCAGAUCUGUAAAAACAAUGAUAGAAAUUGAAUUCUGCCCCACAUGUUGACAGUAGGGUUUGAACUGGAUUCCUGGGAUUGCUUAUCUGAAAAACUGGAGCAUCAGGUACCAUUUCUGUCCUGCUGGUUUAGAGUCUUUUCCGUAAUGCUACUUAUUACCGACAACGACCUCUCUCUGUGUCCGUGUAUGCCUUACACCGUGCUGACCUGGAUAUUGUCUUUGUGCUCUGAAGCAUCCAACUGUACUUUGCAGGUGCAUCAAUGUAGUCCUGUCCCUGAACUGGGUAACCAUGUUCCUGAAAAGUACACUGGGGAAAUUCACCUGCUUGCUUGUCUUUGUAAUGGCACGGCACUUGUGAUUGCACCAUGGAGCAUGCUCAGAGCUAUUACAUUGGUCUCCCAUCUCCCACCAGGAUAUGAAAGGUCCAUAUGGGAAGCCAUGUAAUCACUUAUUACAAUGGUUACAUAAUACACUGGCUCACUGCAGACUCUCGUUGUAUUUUGAUACAGGUUUCAUGCUGGCUUCAUUUGCCAAUUGUGUUGUUUAGUUCGGAAGUAAGAGGGUCUUGAGAUGGAGGGAUAGGGAGGAGUACACUGACUGAGCCCUGGCUUAGAACAAGAGAUUAUCUCUAUACCCCAGUGUCAUCUCCUUAGCCAAGAUGUGAAAUUAAAAUCAUAGUUCUCCUUAUUUAAAAAUUCUAAUAAAGCACUCAAACUUUGAAAAACUUUUACUUUUCCCUCCUACUAAAAGAAAUGUAUGUACCUCAUAGCCCUGUGUCAUUUAGUGUUCAGCACUUUUGGGAACAUCAGUUGGUGAACUUUAAAUUUUGUUGUCUACUUGCCAGGCAUGGUGGCUCACACCUGUAAUCCCAGCACUUUGGGAGGCCAAGGCAGGCGGAUCAUCUGAAGUCAGAGGUUUGAGACCAGCCUGGCUAACAUGGGGAAACCCCUGUCUUUACUAAAAAUAUAAAAAUUAACUGGGCGUGGUGGGCGCCUAUAAUCCUAGCUACUUGUGAGACUGAGGCGAGAUAAUCACUUGAACCCGGGAGGCAGAGGUUGCAGUGAGCCGAGAUUGCACCACUGUCGUCCUGCCUGGGCAACAAGAGUGAAACUCCAUUUCAAAAAAGAAAAAAAACAUUGCUAUGUACUCUUUAGUUUACAUCCACUCUCCCAAUCUUGAAACACAGAGCCAAAGAGCAGUUGUAUUCUUGGGAUACCAUGAUACCUCUGGGAAAGGAAUUACAUCCCCAAGGAGAGGUCCCAUUGGAGAAGAACAACACUGUGGAACUUGAAUCUGAAUGCCAACUUCCUAUUCACAUAUCCUUCUUAAAAAUGAACACACUGUUUCUUAUCCUGACCUAGAGCAUUCUAAAGUUCUGUUCAAAUAAAUAAAGAGCAAAAUAAAGUAGAUUUAACCAAGUGCUAAGUGGAAUUCAAGAAACACAUUCUUCCAGAUAAAUACUACCUUUAUGGUCGUAUACUACCGAAAUACUACCGUAUGGUCCGUACAUUUGAAAGUCCUUUGCAGGAAAACAGUCAAUACUCUUUAAAAAUGAACUGCAGGGGUGGGCAUAGUGGCUCACACCUGUAAUCCCAGCACUUUGGGAGGCCAAGGCAGGUGGGUCACUUGAGGACAGGAGUUGGAGACCAGCCUGGCCAACAUGGCAAAACCCUGUCUCUACUCAAAUACAAAAAUUAGCUGGACGUGAUGGUGCAUGCCUGUAAUCCCAGCUACUUGGGAGGCUGAGGCAUGAGAAUCACUUAAACCUGAGAGGCAGAGGUUGUAGUGAGUCAAGAUCAUGCCACUGCACUCUAGCCUAGGUGACAGAUUGAGACUCUGUCUCAAUAAAUAAAUAAGAAAAUAAAACAGACCUGCAGUGCUAACAGUAAUGUAUUUGUUUGUUAAUGGUCUUUGAGUGUGUUUUGACUGGGCUAGUGUAAUAAUAUACUACCCCGAAAGGGCAGUUUCGAUUGUUGUUGGUGUCUUUGGGUCAGGAAAGUGAACUGUGCCAACAAGUAUUUUUCAGUGACAUGAAUGGAUUCCUGUUAAUGCAAUUAACUGAGACACUGUGCUUAUGCCUUCUUAACUGACAAAAAGAGGCUUUGUCCAACAUCAGAAUUGUUGAAACCGGUGCUGUUUUCUGUUGCACUGGGAUUCUGAUGAUCUGGGAUUUUCCCUCCCUGGCACCGUAAACUCCAUGGCUGUCUUUACUGAGAAUGUCAUCACAGUCCUUUAGUGAUACAUUAGUUAGACCCAUGGUUGCAAUACCUUUAUCUCCCCAAAGAAAAGAAUCAAAAGAAAGCACAAAAACUACCCUGUUUGCAGAAUAUUUCAUUGACAUUGAUUUGUCAUUAAUGCUACCAGUGCUGACCUCAUUCAGACUUGGUAGAAACAGAUUCCUGUGUUUAGGGCAGAUCCCUAGCCUCUCGCUCACAGUGAAUUUGCAUGUCCUAGAUUCUGGUUAUUGCUAGAGCAUCCAUUAAAGUCUACCAAACUCAGGACAGAAAAAGAUAGCAGUGGAUUUAAAAAAUUUUUUAGUUUAUAAAUUACAAUCAUUGGGGAAACACUAGUAAGGUCAUGUGGUCUUUUGGACCGGGAUUUUCUCCUCUCUUUCUCUCUCUGUGUGUGUAUAUGUGUGUGUGUGUGUGUGUGUGUGUGUGUGUGUGUGUGUAGGAGGACAGAAGGGCUACCAGGAGGUGUCAACCACGUUAGAUUUUCUGUGGCCUUCCAGAAACAGUGCAGCCCAUGAAACAGAAAUCUUAAUUUUCCUCAUUGCAAAUAUAACAGGAUGGAACAGUUAGUGAAUUGACUGUUCUGUUUUUGCAAGUGUCCACCACUCCAUCCGCCCUGCAUGGAGAGGGCUCUCUCACUGCUAGGUCUAGGCUGAGCCAUCUGGAAGGAUCAAAGGGUGUGGGAGUAUCACCACCUCUCAGGCUGCAGAAGGUCUCGAGGGUGGUGUCACAGCAGGAUUUCCGCCUUCUGCAUUGCGCUGCACAGCCCCAUGGAACGUGAGGCACUUGAGGCCUUGCUUCUUGCAGCCUCUGGGGAGCAGAGUAGGUCACUGCCCUCUGGGAGUGUUUUGCAGUAGUUUUGUAAAUGUGUUGCUACAUAGUCAAGUUCCUUUGUGGCAAAGAAAUAUUUUGUUUUGAUAUUAGGAGCCAGCCCAUGUAUUGCCUCUUAGGCUUGCUUGCUUAGAAGAAAAAAGUCACCCUUUGUGGUUUUUAAAAGAAGAAAAAAAUUCUGUGCUGAUCUGUUCCUCCCCCUGCUCCUUCCCUUUUCUCUACAUACAGUGCUCAUUGGGGGCUCCUGCUAAACCUUCUUAACCAGAGAAGUAAUAGGUACUUGUUAGACCUGAGUGUACGUUUCACAUGUUAUCCUUCACCUAUUUCUCAUUUUCAUCUAGUACUUUCUUAAUGCCUUUGUUGGAGUCCCCAUCCUCAUCUUUAAAAAAAAAAAAAAAAAAAAAACAGCUGAGCCUAAGCCACAUGCACAUUUUUUAGUUGACAAAAAGAUUUAAUAGCCACAUUGUGAUUUUUGCCACAACUGUGUGAUUUAAUAUUCUCCAAUAUCAAGGGUGGAUUUAGAAUUGAAGGAAAUACCUGGAGAAAUCACAGUGGGAUGAAUUUUUGCUUUAAGAGAAAUGAGAGUUGGCUGUAAUUGAUAAUACAGCUUUAUCCUACUCUCAUCUGCAUUUCAGAAAAUAACCCUCAUCUUUACAAAACAUAGGACACUUGUGAGACAGUUAACUCAAGCAGCUAUGGGGAGGGAGGACAUUAUUGAAUGGUGAUUAAAUAAUGCAGAUGGCCCUUCUGUUUCUUAAAGACGGUGGAAGAGGUCAGACUGCUCCGUCGAGGUGGCAGUCAUUUAUUCGGAGUCCUGUUGGAUAGAACCUAUCUCCUCGAGGCUACAGAGGCUUCUAGGAUACGGAGCUGUACAUGUUAGUGACUCAGCCUUGCCUUCAUCAGGGCACCCACCUAACUUGGAGCAAGUGGGAGAGGACUUUUGGUGAGUUUGGUGCUGUUUGGUGAGUUUUGCAGCGGAGACUUCACCAUCCAGGAGAGCUGUGUUUCUUUGUCACUUGGGAUAUCACCUAAAAAUGAAACAUUUGAUAUUUUAAGGUAUUAAAACAAAAAAAAAGUGAAUUGGGGAGCAUUGGCUGCAAUCCCUAAAAGAUACUGUUAUCUGUGCAUCAGGUUGACUUGAGGUCACCACAGGUCCAGGGAGCCCAGAGAGUUUAGGCAUGCUCUCCUUUGGAGGCCAGCAGCCUUUCACAAACCCUGCCUCUAAAAGGGUGGUUUCACAUUUGACCAUGUUUUUGCAUUAGCCUCAGAAACUCUUGUCUUUAGCUGAUAACCUUUGAGGUAUGUGAGAAGCCUAGUUGGAGCAUCUGAGAAAAUGAUACCUCUCACCUUCAAAUUAAUCAAAUAGUUUGUCCUCCUAGUCCCCUUAUAAAUUAAUAAAUGGAGGACCGGGCACCGUGGUUCACGCCUGUAAUCCCAACACUUUGGGAGGCCAAGGCGGGUGGAUCACGAGGUCAGGAGUUCAAGACCAGCCUGACCAGUAUGGUGAAACCCCAUCUCUACUAAAAAUAGCAAAAUUAGCCAGGCAUGGUGGCACACUCCUGUAGUCCCAGCUACUCGGGAGGCUGAGGCAGGAGAAUCGCUUGAACCCGGGGGGCAGAUGUUGCAAUGAGCCGAGAUCUCGCCACUGCACUCCAGCCUAGGCGACAGAGCAAGACUCUGUCUCAAAAAAAAAAUAAAUAAAUAAAUAAUAGGAAGAGAAUCCCAUUUUGUGAUGAUUUGGGCACACUACUUGAGCUGAGGCUAGCAGUCAUGUGAUUUUGGCUGUCUCUGACCUGAAGCUUUUGAAGUAAGAGUUAUGUCUCUUCCCUGAAACUUUGUUUACAGUGAUAAUUUGGUGAGUUUGAGCUUGUCUUAGAAAAUAAGACUGUCCACCUGGGGAGGGGAGCUUACAGGGAACCCAUGUUAACUCAGAAUGCUGAAGAAAGUGCUUUUAGCCAAAAAAGUAAGAUUACUACCUAGAAGGUGGAAAGAAGUCAUUGCUUUGUUCCUCCAGCAGUCAGUUGUUUAAUAAAACUCUAGGUUUCCUUUCGUUUUUCUCCCCAGUUCUUAGUACUAAAACUUAUUUGACUUCUAUCAGGAAGCAGACAAAAAAAGCGCCAUUUAAAACCCUGGAUAGAGGCUUUAAAGGACACAAAAACAGCAGCAUUGUCAUUUUGUUCAUCACCAUUUUGAUGUGCUACCCAUUCUUCCACCCUCCCUUCCUGCCCCCAAGCCUCCCAGCCAGGCCAGGUGUGAAGAUUAUAUUAAUCACUGAUUCAGAGAACAUUAAUUCUUGUCUGGAUUAAUUAUCUACUAAAUUGCUUAUUAUCUGUGACUACCUUGCAGAGAAUAUCUCAACAGUGCAAUAAAUUAGCUCUCCAAGACUUGAGCUUCCAGCCAGGCAUUUAGAUCACUCUUAAGCCUUUGUGGAAUUCUGAGGAAAAAAAGCAAGAUGCCUCCAUGCCAAUGCUGGGCCUUAAGACUCUACUCCCCUCCCUGUAGGGUGGGGCAAGUGGCUCAGCUUUGGAAAAUCAUUUUGCCAGUAAGAUUGCCUGUGAAUCCCUUUAAGAAGUUGUCCUGAUCUGAGCCUGUCUUCCUGAGCACUUUAGUGCAAAAUUGAAAAUGGUAAGCUAAAGCAGUGACAGGUCCACAUAGCCUCUUUAA